AUGUUUUCUAUCAGACAACUCUGUAUUCUUAUUAUUCUCUUAACUGGCACAUCGGCGAAGAAGCACCGAAGCGUUCAUGUCAGACCACACCGUUCCUGCUCGGAUCCUCCAAACUUGAAGGAACAACUUGCGGAAUGGAUGCGUGAGUCCAUGGAAGGAGCUUCCCCGGAUCAAGUAGAAGAUGACUGGAAUCCACCAGUUGAGGAACCUCCAAUUUGUGAGAGAUCUCCAAAAGCUGAAGGGGAAACAACAGUUAUGCAACGAGCUUUAUGCCCGUGGAGUACAAGAGUGAAUUUCGAUGACACCAGAGAACCUAAGAUCCUCUCUGAGUCUUUCUGCUUGUGUCGUAGAAGUCGUGGAGCUUCAGGUGCCUUCUGUCUACCAAUCACUCAAGAGGUUCCUGUUCUCCGGAGAGCAUCAUGUGAUCCAACAUCCGGUCAUUGGCAAUAUAUAAAAAGUAAAGAAACCAUAACUAUCGGAUGUCAUUCGGUUUUACCACGCACCCAACGGGCAACUCCUUUAAGCAAACACUAUAGGUUAUCUCAAGAUCUUGUUUUGUAA